AUGGCGGGGGCUGCGCCGAUCCAUGGCGCGAGGAGUCUUUCUGCCGAGCUCGCCGAGAAACGUGCCGAGCGGGAAGCACUCGAGGCGCGCCUGGCAACUGAAGAGGAGCUGGCCCGCACACUGCACGGCAUGAGCCUCGAGACUCUGACCAUCCCAAACACCGCGUCAGUUAUGCCAUCGCCACCGUCGCCGCCGCCACCUCCGAACGAGGGCGAGGCUUUCGUCGACGACCACCUCUAUGCACUCACCAACAUCCCCGGAUUUGAGUCCAUAAUGCUUCCCUCGAAUCCCGAGUGCUACCCGUACGAUGGCGAUGCUAAUCCCCGUCACCCCGUCUGGGAUCACCAAUCCCUGCACUCGGUAAUCGAAUCGUGGGCAACCACCCAGUUCCGCGUCGGCAGCACACGCACGGUGGGACUCGCUGCAGUGCAUAAUGCUCUCCGGUGUUGCCUGCUGUCCAUGCCGGAGAGCGAGCGCGCGAAGCUGCUGGGGUAUGGCGCCGGCGCGCCACCGCCGACACUGCCCGACUCGGCGCCGCUCGAGCCCGAUCGCUGCCGGCUCCUCGAGCUUCCUCACGACAUGCUUGUGCUAAUCGGUGCCAGCCUUGUUGACGGAGCGCUCCGCCACAAGUUCGGCAUGGCGCACCGAAUGUUGCGAGCGACGAUGCGAUCCACGGAGGUAUGGCGGACGACGGCGCUGCGCAUGGACCACGCGUCCAAGCUGCUCGGGAGGCUCAUCGCCCCUCACGACGCCGGGGGCGGUGGCGGUGGAGGAGGCGGCGGCGGCGGCGGCGGCGGCGGCGGCGGCGGCGGCGGCGGCGGCGGCGGCGGCGGAGGAGGAGGAGGAGGAGGAGGAGGAGGAGGAGGAGGAGGAGGAGGCGACGGAGGCGACGGAGGAGGCGGAAGCCACGUUGAGGAUCUCGUCUGGCUCGACUGCGUGGUAGAUCUGACGAUCGCGCCCGUCCAGAAGCGCGGCUUCCGCCAUUCCAGCGCGGUCGAGCGCCUGUGGCCGCGGCUGGUCGGGUAUGCGCUACGCACGACAUCAAGCGUGCGCGUGCUGCGCCUCUCGUUCGUGCCGACGCCGAGGUUGCUGGCGCUCCUGUUCGAGACCGCGCCCGAGCUGACGGUGGGGCUACACGACGGCUCGUCCCUCGCGCGCGACUUGCACAGCCAAGGGGGCUUGGCCGACGCCGGGCCGCCGUCGGCAGCGCGCGUCGCACUCGAGAGUGGGCGGCUGCACGUGCGCGAGCUCCGCCUGUCCGGGGCCUUUCAGCUGGCGAGCGAAGGCCCAGUGUGGCGGUUUGGGCGGCUCGAGCGGCUGGAACUCGAGUCGGGCGAGACACGCCUCGCUGCUCUUGCGGGCGAGCAGGUGGUGCAUGUGUUGCCCGCUGAGAUCGCUUCGCUCCACAGCCUGCGCCACCUCGGCCUCUCGUUUGCCAUCCGUGACGCAUCGGCGUUGAGCGUGGGUCCCGCCGGGCUCACGUCCCUCUCGGUGGGCAGCUCUGCCCUGCAGGAGCUGCCCGAGCUCGCCGCGACGGGGCUGCAGAGGCUCGACCUCUCGAGUGCCAUGCAACUCACCGCCACGAGCUGCUCGUCCGCAUGGUCGGUCAUCAGUGGACUCCGCCACCUACGCGAAUUGCAGAUCUUCUAUCAGCACUGGCCGAAUCUGCCCGCCCACGCGGCGGCCAAUCGCCAUUAUCCCGAGUGGCUCGCAUGCGCACUACGCGGCUCGGAGAGGGUCGUUGAGGCCUCCACGACCUCCCCGGUCUUUGUACAACGCACGGGGUUGGGCGUGGAGAUCAUCAACUCGGCGCGCCGGAUGCGCGGCCCCGAGCUCGCCACCCGUCUGACCGCCAUCUUCCUCCUACGAAUCCUCCAGCAUUACCGGUGGCAUUGGGCGGAGGAUUCGGAGGAGAGGAACGCGGCGGGUGCGGUGGCAUGA